UCAUGCUGCUGCCAGGUCCACAGUCUCUCAUGGGUCCCUGUACGGCCUCCCAUUGCUGCUGUCUCCAUCGCCACACUCUGCCAUGUGCCACUUUCAGGUCUCCUCACACUGCUGGUGUGUUCCAUUUUUUGUCAUAGGGUGCUGGCAGAUUACGGGGGCCUCCCAUUGCUGCUGCCAGGCCCGUAAUCUGCCAUGGGCCCCUGUACCGCCUCCUCAUGCUGCUGCCAGGUCCAGAGUGUCUCAUGGGUCCCUGUACGGCCUCCCAUUGCUGCUGUCUCCAUCGCCACACUCUGCCAUGUGCCACUUUCAGGUCUCCUCACACUGCUGGUGUGUUCCAUUUUUUGUC